AUGUCAGAAAUCACACAACGACGCAAAGUUGCAGCAGAGGGCUCAACCGCCCAUGGCCACGCGACGAGUAAAGGCCAAGCCCAGCCACAGCCGAAGGACGGUAUGGGCCAUGCUUUCAAGGAGCUGGUCGCUCUGCUGACUUUAGCCAGGAUUGCUUUGGCUCAUCCCUUGGAGACGACUCGAUUGGUUUUCCUGCUCAUGCAUCAGUUUGCGAGACACAUCUAUGGGUCGGCAUUUCGGCCGGAUCGUGAUAUAACAGACCAAUCUAGCAGAGUUAUUUUGAUUACGGGAGGAAACACGGGCCUUGGAAAAGAAACUGUCCUGGAGCUAGCGAAGCACCAGCCUGCAAGGAUAUAUCUGGGUGCUCGAAACGAGCAAAAGGCCCGUAAAGCAAUGGAGGAUAUCCAGUCACAGCUAAACCAGACGAUUGACAUUCGAUAUCUACCCCUUGACCUGUCAUCGUUUAAAUCUAUCCGGGAAGCCGCCCAGUUAUUUACCGGAGAAUGUGAGCGUCUUGAUACCCUCAUACUCAACGCCGGAGUGAUGGGCCUGGACCCUUACCGGACCAAGGACGGAUAUGAGGUGCAGUUCGGCACUAACUACCUGGGUCAUUUUCUCCUGACGUCACUAUUGUUACCUACGCUCAAGAAGACAGCUGCCCAACGUGAUUCGGAUGUUCGAGUUUUAUCCAUCUCGUCUGCUGCCUGGCAGGCGGCUCCAUCCUCGCCAUCGAGACUGCUCUCCCUUAUGACUUCUACUGACGAGUUAUUGACGUGUAACAGGUGGGCUAGAUACGGGAUUUCAAAGGCUGGAAACAUUCUGCUUGCAUCGGAGCUAGCAAGACGGCACCCGGAUAUUACGAGUGUCUCGAUUCAUCCUGGCAUUAUCCUGACAGCCUUGUACGAACAAGGCAGGGCGGCCACUAUUGCACUUAAAUAUGGCCUUGCCUUCCUUGUUCCCUUCGCAUCUAGUGAGAAGAACGGGGCGAGGAACCAUCUAUGGGCUGCCGGGUGUGCUAAGAACCAACUGCGCAAUGGCGAAUACUACUCUCCUGUUGGAAUACCGGACUGGAAGAACCAGCUUGUUCACGACGGGGAUACCGCACGGCGUCUGUGGGAGUGGUCAGAACAGCAAGCUGCAAACAGCUAA